AUGGCUCUGAAACGUAAAACACGUAACUUACCUGAUUUGAACGACGUUGACAAACGCAAUCAAAUGUCUUUUUUCGAUCCGGUUUACCAGAAUGAUGGUGAAAGCGAUGGCGAAUUAUCAAGAACGAGCCUGUCUCGUCAAACAUAUCGAGAACAAAAUGCCGAUGAAUCAACCGAAACAUUGAAUGCUAAUACAGCAGCACAAGAUGACGAGGAUGAAGAGCUUCCUGACGAUCAAUCUGCAGAAGCAUCAACAGCACGAAUCGUCGCACGAGUCAAACAAAUUCAACAUUCGAUCGAACAAGCGCAGACAAUGUUAGAUUCAAUGGACAAAUACAAACAUUUGGUUCCCGGAAGUGAGGACCAAUGUGACAAGCUUCGCGUAAUUAUAUCGAGCCUUGAAGAACAACAAGCGGGUUAUAUGAAUCUACUCAAUUUGAUUACAUUAACGAAUGAAGAAAGAUCAAUGCUAAUCAGUAAAAUUUCGGCACUUGAUCGCUCGGCUCCUACAAAUAACAACGAUCAAUUAGACGAAGACGAUGAAGAAGAGGCAGGAGGAGAAAAGAAUGCCAAACUGGCGAUUCAACGAAAAGUUCAAUUUCCCAACAAUUCUCGACUUGAGAGUAGAGUUGGUUUCAAUAUCUCGACGACAUCCAAUCAGCCAGCUAUAAACACGUCUGAUAACGAACAAAAUACUCGUAAUGAUAAUUCCAAUUACGACUCGCUUGUCGGUAGUCUCAAAAGUGAUACAAUCAAUUGGAAAGAUCAACAGUCAACAUCUGGCGAUGAGGCGAGUGAUGUUGAAAGUGAAAAAGAAAUCGAAAGAAGUUUAAUGCAUCAAAAAGAACAACUGAGGGCACUGCAAGGUCAAAAACGUGCUCUACUAGCGUUGAAGAAACGUUCAGAACAACGUUUACUCGAACAACAACAAGAGUUGCUCAACCAGACAUCGACUGUGCAAAGCGAAGAUCCAACAGAAAAAAAUCUUCUGUCGGAUAUAAACAAUCUUCGAGAUCGAUUACAACUACUUCGAAGUCUUUAUGAACAAAAACAUGAAGUGGAAGUUCAACAGCUGACAAAUUCAACGAAAAAACCAAGGAAACCGGCUGAAAAUCGUCAAGAGAAUCUACAUCAUGUUCGUCAACAGUUGGAUGAGUUAGAGAAAAUCAUCACCUAUUAUCAAUUCGAUCUAAUGGAUCCACCCGAAGAAGAAACAACAGUUUUUGAAGAAGAUCCUAUUCGACCAGACGAUGUUCAACGUCUUAAAUCGCUUUUGGAUCAACAAAAGCUGCAAGCAUCACCACCUAAGCCCAAACAGCCACUGGAUAAACUAUCCAAUGAAUUAGCAGCAAAACGAUUAGAACUCGAACAAGCAAAAUCGGCUCUUACUCGGCUUCAACAAAUGGUCAAAACAAUCGAACCAGACCAACCUUCAACUUCCAAUAAACCAACGAAAAGCAAUGAACAAAACGCUUCAUCUCUUCCAACUGCCAGAACAUCACUACAAGCGAGUGGUCAAACAACUGAUAAAACUAGUUCUAUUCUGACGACAAAUACUUAUGCAGAUGUUCAAAUGGCAGCACAACAUCGAGAAAUCGAACGUCUAGUUGAAUCGCGUCAACGAUUACAGACACUGAAAGAUCAGAUUGCGUCACUGCAUCAAAGUGUGGCAACAUCACCUACACCUUCGAAAAGAGAUACAAUACAACUUGAGAAACAACGUCCGAAAUCAGCGUAUGGGAAUCAAAUAGCUUCAUCACAACGCCGACAAAACAAUGAUGAUGAGUUGGAGUUCGAUCAGCUAGAAUGCGAAUCAGGCGACGGUGAAGAAACAGAUGAAGAUACCGAUGAAGAAGUUCAGCGAACCCCGAUCAAGCAAGAAAAUUUUCGUACACCCGAAGACAUUGUUGCUGAACAUGAACGCAGUUUGUUGUCAAACAAAAGAUCCGCUGAAAGCGAAGAUUUAAGCGGUCAGAUGCGGGAAAUUUGUCGUUGUUUAUCAACAUUCAUUCAAGAGCAAAAAUCUUUCAACCGUCACAUCGAAGAACAUUUAACUGCAGCAACAAGCAAUUCCUCACGAGCAUCUAUACCCUCCACAACCAAUGUCAGUGGAGACAUGCUCUUCAAUCAAUUACAACAACAAGUUCUUACACAAGGAUUAAUCGUUAAUUUAAACACCGCUUAUCGAGAAAUAGCCGUCCUACAAUCAGAAAUCAACGCACUACAAUCGGAAAACAAUCGCUUAUCAUCAUCAUUAUCCUCCUAUGAGAACGAAGCACAAUUGAAUUCAAAGGAAUCGAUUUAUAACUCAGCUCGAGCUAAACCAAUGCCUCCGCCAGUGCGACCAAAGUUGAAUGAAUACGUUCAACCAAUGAAACCGUCUUUAUUAGGAGAUUACAAUCGAUUCGAGAAUUCAAGUAAAACAUCAUUCAAUAGCCAAAGCACGGGAAAACGAACGGCGAUCAAUUUCGAUAGAAAUCAAAUGGAAACAACACCGACUAAGCAUGAUAAAAAUGGAAUAUUCUCUACUCACAGUUUAGCAUCACCGAAACCGACUUACUUAAAUUCGAAGCAGUUAUCCGAUGAAUAUGAAAUCACUUCGAGUCAAUACCAUCGUUCAUCUAAAGGUGUACCCUCGAAAUCGUUCAUCAUCCGUCGUCGACCAAUAACAAAUGACGAUGACAACACUCUGGCAAAACCGCCCUCGGCUGAUUAUAAUCAACGCUUACAACAGAAUACAUUCGAUGAUGACGACGAUGACGACGACGACGACGAAAGCGAUGAUGAAGAAGAAAAAGAUAAUCUUUCGCGAACGAUUUUCAAUACACAAUUAACAUCUUGUCUUUCCCCGUCAUCUCAAGAUUUCGAUAAUGUCGAUAUUCAAACACUGAACUUACAAGUAAAAGCGAUUAUGGUCCAGUUGAUUCCAUUUAUGCGUCUACAAAUUAACGAAACAUUCAAUCGUUCACUUUUGAACAACAUUCGCGAUCGUCUUAUCUUUCUGUUCAAACGACAACCGGAUACGGUUGACCUGGUUACUCAAUUUCAGGAUCAAUUUUCUGAGUCACUUGAAAAAAUGAUUGAUAAAUAUUGUGGAACGAUGAUUCGUGAUUGUGCUGCUGAUCUCAUUCGUGACAUAUCGGAUGUUGUCUUCGACGAGUUAGUAAAAUACAAAGUCAUCAAAGACACUACCGACGCAACUCAAACAAUAAAUGCUGAUGAACAAAUGACAACGACAGAAAUCAAACAACGUGAUGAUUAUUCCAAUAUCUUUACUUCAGCCGCGUUGGAAUCAACACGAGAAACUUCAUUACUGGAUGACGGUGAAAAUGAAACGAAAUAUCAAAUCGAACUAGCAGAAUCUGAAAGUCGACCAUUGACAUUAGUCGGAAGUGAUGAAGAGGAUAAUGAAUCUGAUCAAGAAGAGAAUCAAGAUAGUGAACUGGAAACUGCUGUGUCUCGCCAAGAAGUACUUCCAAAUCAUAAUGAAAAUACGUCAUCGAGCGAAUCGAAUUCUAAUGGACUUGGAUAUGUUAUCGUCAAUCGCACUAGAAGUGAUGAUACCGUUAACGAAAGUGUACCAGAUGACGACGAGAAAAAAGUUUCACCUGAAUCUAAUUUAGAUUUAUAG